UUUGAACUUUUAAUUAUUUUAAGUUAUAUAAUUAAUAGAUAUGUUUCUAAGUUUUUUCCUCCCCUGCUAGCUAUAUAUAGAACUACCUUCGAUUCUUUUGGUACAUGCAAAUGGCUCUCCUAAUGAACUCAAGUACUUCAACUCAUGUACUUUACCCUGCAUUAAAAACAGAGGAACCCAAAACAGAAAACAUGGUUUCUAUUUUUGAUUCAAAUUUGCUUCAAAAUCAAGUGAACAUGCCAAAAGAGUUCAUUUGGCCAUCUAUGGAUUUAGUUAACACAGCCCAAGAGGAGCUAAAAGAACCUCUCAUAGACUUAAGUGUCAUGAAAAGUGGUGAUGAAGAAGCUAUUGCAAGUGCUGCUGAGCUUGUGAGGAAAGCAUGUUUGAAACAUGGUUUCUUCCAAGUGAUUAAUCAUGGUGUGGACCAAGAACUCAUCAAUGAUGCAUAUUGUGAAGUUGACCCCAUUUUCAACCUACCUAUCAACAAGAAGCUAAGUGCUAAGAGGGUGCAUGGUGGUGUCUCUGGCUACUCAGGUGCUCAUGCAGAUAGAUAUUCUUCCAAGUUACCAUGGAAAGAGACAUUUUCUUUUGUAUACAAUCACCAAAAUGAUUCCAAUUCUCAGAUUGUUAACUACUUCAAGUCUGUCUUAGGAGAAGACUUUCAACAGACAGGAUGGGUGUAUCAAAAGUACUGUGAAGCAAUGAAAGAAUUAUCUUUAGUGAUUAUGGAGCUCUUGGCCAUUAGUUUGGGGAUAGAUCGUUUGCAUUAUCGAAGAUUUUUUGAAGAUGGUGACUCAAUAAUGAGAUGUAACUAUUAUCCACCUUGUAAAAGUUCUAAUCUCACACUUGGUACUGGCCCUCACUCAGACCCAACAUCACUAACCAUUCUUCAUCAAGAUCAAGUUGGAGGUCUUGAAGUUUUUGCAGAUAAUAAAUGGGUGGCUGUUCGCCCUAGACCUGAAGCCCUAGUCAUUAACAUAGGUGACACUUUCAUGGCGUUAUCAAAUGGAAGAUACAAGAGUUGCCUCCACAGGGCAUUAGUGAACAGAUACAGAGAAAGAAGGUCACUGGUUUUCUUUGUGUGUCCAAGAGAAGACAAAGUGGUGAGACCCCCAGAAAAUUUGUUAAGCAAAAAUGAGGCAAGAAAGUACCCUGAUUUUACAUGGUCAAGUUUGUUUGAAUUUACACAAAAACACUACAGAGCUGAUGUUGCUACGCUCCAAAGCUUCUUUCAGUGGCAUUCCUCUUGCAACUUAUAAUUAAUCAUAUGAUAUGAUGAUUUCUAUUUGUUAAUGUUGCCAUUACUAUUUUUUACUUCACUUUAGGCGUUAUUUCCUUCCACAUGUUCGGUUGAGUUGUGCCCCGCAUAUUAUUCAUUGGCUACAGUUAUCCUGUGUAUAUUUGAUAGCCAUGUUCUGUUAUAUAUGCCCCUGUUUGGAGUACCCUGUACAAUGUUUGUGCAAGACUAUAGCUUGCACCUCAAAUUUGAACGUGAUGUACAAAUGUUUGUGAUUUAAA